AUGCCCAACAUGCUUUCAAGACUUGGAAUGGAUACAAAGGAAGCUUUCCUCCACAGAUUUGAUAAAGGUCCUGUUUAUGUCCCACCACCACGCCCAAGCUAUUCACAUCACCAUCCAUCAUCACCAGACAUAAACAAGACACCACUUUUCCCAAGGGAGAGCUAUCAAGCUGCGCGCCAACCAAGAUUGAAGAUGCUUCAAGAGUACUUGAGAAAUCAAGAAGAGAGUACAAAGAAGAUGGAGAGAAGAAUCGAUUUCAUCCAUGAGAGCCUUGGAAACAAAUCUGAAGUCCUAUUCAAGCAAGUGAUCAAGCUUGAUGAAGACAUUAAGAAGUUAAGAGAGGAUCAUGAUCGAUCUUUGACCCUAGUUAAGCUUGAUGUUGCUUCCAAAUAUCAAGAGUUGCUGAACAAGAGCAUGAGAAUUGAAGAUACUAGCUAUGGCAAUAGCAAACAUCUUGGAUCAAUCUACAACCGCCUACAAGCCCUUGAAGGAUCAUCUCAUGCCAAUUACAAGAGAGAGAGGAGUCCAACACCCAACCACCCUCCCUUUUAUUGCAAUGCCAUCACAAGAAGAAGCACUACUCAAGUCCAUGAAGGACAAUGA